AUGCCUGACAAGCCCUGGAGUCAUGUUAGUGCCGAUUUUUGUGGACCUUUCCUAAACGGUGACUACCUCCUGGUUGUCAUUGAUGAUUAUUCCCACAACCCGGAAGAUGAAGUUGUGAAAUCGACAUCAGCCGCCCAUGCAUUUCCCAAAUUUGACAGAAUUUUCUUCAAACACGGCAUUGUCGACGUACUUAAAACUCACAAUGGCCCGUCGUUCAAUGGUAAUGAAUUCACGAAAUUUGCGGAAAUACAAGGCUUCAAACUCCUUACUGGCCCAGAGCAAACGGCGAGGCGGAACGCUUUAUGCGGACCUUGGAAAAGGCUGUUCGAUCGGUACGAUGAUCUGAACAUUCCAUCAGGACCGAACCAGCAGGACAUUCCGAAACGCUUCCCGUGCUUCCCGGUCCGUGUAUCUGUCUGA